AUGGAAAAAGAAGCUGCACGCCUCUCCUCUUGCGCCGUGGUGCUCGACCUGUGCAGAGGCCAAGGCGACGUGGAGCCAGAGGAGGUGAACAAGGCGCUCCGUGUCCGCUUCGGUGUCCAGCGGGGGGACGUCAAAGUCUCCCGACACCAGCCAGAGAACUUCCUCGCCGUCUUCAAGUAUCCCCACCACCGGGAUGCUGCGGUGGCCUUGGAGAGGCUUCCUGUGGGCAACCUCGACUUCCGCAUAUGGCCCUGGUGCAGCCUCCCCUACGGGGACCAUUGUGAUCUGCGUCACCACGUGCGGCUCUGCUUAGAGGGGAUACCGGCCCACGCGUGGAACGAGAGCAUCGCCAAGCGGGUGGUGGCGAGGGUGUGCGACCUCGACUACGUGGAGGCGCGCUCCCUGCGGCGAGACGACACCAGGGCUCUGUGCCUCUGGGCCUGGACCUACAAUCCAAGUGACAUUCCAAAGAGGGACGGGGACGCGGACCGACCAAACGAUCCUCGACCGAGCGACAACAGCAGAAGCUGCCCUCCAGGAGAGGGAGCGAGGGCCACGGCGGCUGCCCCGACCCUGCCUGUCCAGCCGGGCGCCUCGCUGCAGGACGCGGAAGGCUCGAUGACCCCUGGGCCACCAUCUGCCCAACCGGCCCUCCACACGGCUGCCUCGUCCAGGUCCUCGGAGACGCAGGAUCCCCCCGACACUGUCAUGCCAUGCCCCACAACCCUACUGCCUCGGAACAGAAGGUUCCGCCCCAACUGCGUGUACGUGAGGCGCAAGCAGCGCACAACAACCACAGCACUGGCAUCUGCACCGGCACAGCAGAGCGCGGCGGCCAGCUUCAUCGACACAGUCACACUCCAGACCGCCAAGCCGGUGCUUCAAGGGCCGCCGCAACGGGCUGUGGCGGCAAGACGCAGGAAGAGGCAGCCUUCUGCCCCACAGCGCAAGAGCGUGCGCGUUGCGGCAGCGUCCUGGCCACGCGGGGACGCCCAGGCGAAAGCUCGCCAAGUCCUCAUGAAGAAGCUCGGCUUCGUGGAAGACGAGGACCGGUCGGCGGAUGAUGCGCUGCUUGGCUACUUCAAGCUCUUCAGUGGCCCCACUUUCUGGCCCGGUGGUCAAGGCACUGACGGCGCUGUGCGGACUCGACAGCGACACUGGUGCUGGCAGCUCCCAGGAAUGAGCACCAGAGACCGGCGCAAGGGCUACAUUUGGUUACCCAACGUUGUUUAG